AUGGCUACAACUGAACCGGAUGAAAAGAAGAAAUCAACCUUGACAACCUUGUACUUGUCUGCCUUCCUGAGUGUUGCACAAGCGGUGAUCACAAUCCAGUCUGAGCCCAGAAUCAUCAAGGAGCUAUCAGGCGGAGACUUGGGUGUCACAGCUACAGUUCUGGCAAAUACACAAGGCUUGGUUGGUCUGGCGAGUGUUUUUGUGAACCAGGCCGGAGGAAAGCUCUCAGAUGCCAUGGGACGGAAACCAUUUCUGAUGUUGGGCCCGGCUGCAAACAUACUUUUUGGCUUGCUGAUGUAUCAAUACUCAAAACUUCGCAGGGUAGUCUUGCCAGUGCGAAUCCUGAGAGCAAUACUCACAACUUUCUCAAGCUCAGUGAUGCUGACGGCAGCUAUGUCCGACAUCACUAGCGGAGCACAGCUGAGCACCGCACUGAGCAACAUGGGUGCUGCGGUUGGAGCCGGAAUUGUGCUGACGCCAUUCCUUGAGACCUUGAUUCUGCAACGCUUCAAGACUGAGACAGUGUACUUGGCGCUAUCUAUGUUUGGCUUUGUGCACGUCCUUUUUGCUGCUGGAGCGGUCCCCGAGACACAUGGCAAGGCUUUGCGGAAGUCCUGGUCAUCUGUGUUGCAGCUUUCAGCUAUCAACCCUUUUGGGUUCUUGAAUAUCUUUCGACGAGGGUCUUUAGCCCUUCAGAAGAUGACCAUUAUUCAAUCACUGCAGAUGUUUCUGGAAGGAAAGAACUUGAGCGACUUCAUGGAGCUUUGGAAAAGGGAACAUUUGCAUUGGACCGUUGAGGGCAGUCGGAAUUUCGUGAUGGUCUAUGGGACGCUGAGCAUUUUGUCUGGAAUUUUUGUGACACCAUACUUCCUGAAGAAUCUUUCGGAACGUUCCUUUACAUCAGUGACGAAUAUGCUGAACUUCCUUGGGUUCAUGCUUCGGGGCGCGAGGGAGUCAUCCUGGAUCUUUUUGCUUGCAGUUAUUCCCAUGCUCCCUGGAGUGAAUGGUUCGAGCGCAACUGCACUGAAGUCGCUCAGCACUGACUUGGCCUUUUCUGAAGGCUUCGGAAAAGGUGAGUUUUCAGCUUACAUCAACAACCUGCGUGCGUUGGCCGGGGCUGCUGCUACGGUUUUGUAUGGGAACUACUACGCAUGGUGCAAACGGAAGGGCGUAUAUCAAGGAACAACUUUCGCAGUAGCUGCCCUGAUUGGCGCUGCUUUACCAGAGUUGCUCCUACGCCUGACCAGGGACAGCGAGCUACGAAGAGAGAAGCCAAAGGCGCAAGGUGAACUACCAAAGUGA